AAUUGACUCUUAAAUGUGCGCCAGCGAUUCGAGUCGGUAGAGCAGCAGUCCACCAGUCGCUCGCGAGCUGAAGGAUCUAGUCCAGAAGUCCCCAAUAACAAAGUGGAGCAAAAUGGAGGCGUCAACAAGUCCGAUUUUGCAAGCGCCGGUGGAUAUUCCCGUGGUGUACACGGAUCCCUGGUACAUGAUCACCGUGCUGGGGCUCUACCUGUACUUCGUUACUAAAGCGGGUCCGCAAUUUAUGGAGCCGCGCAAGCCCUUCGAGCUAAAAAAACUGAUCUUGGCGCAUAAUUUCCUCCAGGUUGUGUCCUGUAUAUACGUUAUCAAUGAGGUGCUGUUCAUCACGGACAACGGCAUAUUCUACUUCUGGGAAUGCCGCGAUAUAGGAAGGACUCCGGAGCACGUGAGGCGUUACUACAGCCUGGCAUACUUCCUCUUUUGGCUAAAGCUGUCUGAGCUUCUAGAGACGGUCAUCUUUGUGUUGCGCAAAAAACAGAACCAAGUGUCCAAACUGCACAUAUUCCACCACUUUUCUACGGUGACGCUUGUAUAUGUGCUAAUCAACUUGAAUACUAAUGGCUCCGCUGCUUACUUCUGCGUGCUCUUAAACUCAAUCGUCCACGUCAUUAUGUACUCCUACUACUUUGUUGCUGCCGUGGCGGAUAAGAGCUUUGUACAGGCCCUGACUCCCGUAAAGAAGUCCAUCACUGUGAUUCAAAUGACGCAGUUUGCUCUCAUCCUGGCGCAGGUUCCCUGCCAGCUUGUACUCUGCGGCAUGCCGCCGUAUGUGCUCCUCUACUUCACCACAGUCAUCAUUGGCAUGUUCUACGGCUUCUACGACUUCUACACCAGUGCCUACAAAGUCAUGCAGCGUCGCAAGAGUCAGACGUCUCUACCUGACGCAAAACAGUGAUCCCAUGUUCACAAAUCACGCAAUAAAGGCGCACCAACAAGUGUGUAUGUGUA